AUGUCUUGGCAAGGCUACGUAGACACCAACCUCGUCGGCACGGGCAAGAUCACCCAGGCCGCCAUCAUCGGCUUGAAGGGCGGCGUUUGGGCGACCAGCUCUGGGUUCAAUGUGACCGCCGAGGAGCAAAAGGCCAUCAUUGCCGGCUUCGAAGACCCGUCCGGCUUGCAAGCAGGGGGCGUCCGUGCCAACGGCAAGAAGUUCUUCACGCUCGGUGUCACACCGAGGACGAUCUACGGCAAGCAGGGCGGCGACGGAUUGGUGGCGGUAAAGACGAACCAGGCGGUGCUCGUGUGCGUCUACGUCGCACCCAUCAUCCCCGGCGAGGCCAACAAGGUCGCCGAAGGUCUCGGCGACUAUCUCGUCAGCGUCGGGUACUGA